AUGAAUAAAAUUUAUACAUUUUUAUUUUUAAUUUUUAAUGUAGCAUUAGUAUUUUCAACUACACCAACUUUUAAAGUUGAUAACUCACCAUCACUUUCAUUAUAUAAACAAUAUAAUCAAUCACAAUUAUAUUAUUUAUCAUCAAGCGGAUAUGAAAAGCCAAUUAUUAUUGCAAAUUUAACAGGUACUCAUUAUGAAAUGGGUUUCGCUGCAGGUUAUAUGAUGGCACAAGAAGCUUAUGAUAAUUAUAAUAUGAUGGUCGGUGCAGUUUUACCAAAGUGGUAUGAAAAAGAUGUUUUCGAAGCAUUUUUAGAUUGGCAAUGGAAAUCAUAUUUAUCAAAACAAAUUACUCAAAACUAUCUUGAUGAAAUUAGAGGUUAUGGUGAUGGUGCUAAAGCUAGUGGUUUCACUAAAUUAGGUGACACUAUUAUAAGAGGUGUUGUCAUUAGUUCAUUCCCAGGUAAUCCAACUGAAAACAUUAAAUAUUUAUUAGAAGAUGAAAUGGGUCUUGAAGAGUUUUCAAAAUAUCUUAUGGAAGAAGGUAAAGAAAGUCUUUUAGAAUUUGUUAAAGAAAUGUUAGUUAGCGAUCUCGAACACAACCACCAUAAAGGUUUACAAUGCUCCCACUUUAGCACUUGGGGUAGCAAAACUUUAAAUCAAGAUAUGUUUAAUGGUAGAAAUUUAGAUUGGUUAAAUGGUUCAGGUAUUAGUAAUAACAAAUUAAUUACCUUUUACCAUCCACAAGGUCAAUACUCACAUGCUUCCAUUGGUUUUGCUGGUUUAAUUGGUGCCAUUACUGGUAUAAGUUCAAAAGGUAUCUUUGUAGCUGAAUCUGACAAUGACUCUGUUAAAGUAACUUUUGAUGGUUUUGCUUGGUCAAUGAGACUUCGUUAUAUUAUGGAAAACGCUGCCACUAUUGAUGAAGCUGUCUCACUUUGGGAAUCUACCAAUAAUACUAUGGGUAUGUGUCACAGUCUUGCUAGUGCUACCGAAGUUCAAACUGCUCAAUAUCCAGCAUAUGCUUUAGAAACUAUGAAAGGUUACACUGCUUUCUUUUAUGAUAACGAUCCAAAUGAACACUUCACCUACUCUGACCCAAAAACUGGCGCUCAAACUCAAAUGGGUUAUCCAAUGAAGGAUGCUGUCUAUCGUACAAAUCAUGGUUAUGAUGAAACCAUUCGUAAAUAUGAAUGGGAGCCAUCCAUCCCAAAUGAUGAUUCUUGGACUCGUUACAUGUUAUUCUAUACAUCAUUUAGCUAUUAUGAAAAUGCUGAUAUUUCAAUCUCUGAUCUUGAAGCCAUCAACAUCACUUCAAUUUUAGGUAAUAAACAUAGUAUUCAAAAUACCUAUACCACUUCCGAGCCAUUUUAUGAUUGCACAAAUGCUUGGAUGGGUUAUAAUAUCGUCUCUGCUACUUAUCACUUUGCUGCCAAUAAAAUGUUUGUUGCUUUUGAAGAAGGCUUUGGUCAACAAAGAGUUUGUGCUGCUUGUGGUACUUAUGUUGAAGUUGAUUUAUCACCAUGGUUUGGUUUAAAUAAUUAA